UUGUCAAACUCUGCCUCUUUCAAACUCAUGCUCUGCUGCAGCUUAUAAUACUCUGUGCUCGGCUCUCUAUCGCUGGUUUGUAUAGUAAGUUGGACGUGGAUGUCAAUAUGCGAGAAUGGGGGCUGGUCAGGUGUGAUUGUAAUACUCUUGUGUAUUCGUGUGGAACAUGUUUUACGUUUGACAACAUAACGUGUUAUUUCUAAAUACAAAAAUUAAAGCGUAUUCUAUGAGUACACUACUGUCACAGAGUUGAACAGUAAAUAUUUCAUAUUUGCGAAAGAUGUGGAUAUUAUUGGUUGUUCAGUCGGUCACCCAGGAACGUUCUGCGUAAAGAAAAAUAUCAAGGUAUUUAAUCUGACUUCUAUACUUUAUGUACAGAUAAAUACCUCCUAAACAUGGGCGGGAAACAAAAAGCACAAAGGACGAAAGGCAAUGUCAAGCCUUCAAGUAGUGGACGGAGUGCUGCAUUGCUCAGCACUUCAACAUUUACAGGAUUCUCAGGAUUAAAAGAUUCCAUGUUUCCUUCAUUUCAACCUGCAUCUAUUUCUGAAGAAAUAGAUGCUACAAUUGAUCCAAAUUUUCAGUUAGUUUUAAAGAAAAUGAAUAAGAAGGAUCCCACUACACGUGUUAAGGCUCUUCAAGAAUUUAUUAAGCUAGUUGAAAGUUCUGAUGCUGAGGUUCUCAAAGCUGUGUUACCAUUCUGGCCAAGAUUGUAUUGUUUAUUAGUGGGAGAUGUUGAGCAUAGAGUAAGAGAAGCAGCCAAUGAUGCACAGCGCAGUGUAAUUGUGCAAGCUAAAAGGAAUAUGGCCCCUUAUCUACGUUCAGUAGCUGGUCCUUGGUUUGUUGCGCAAUUCGACACGUAUCCUCCUGCAGCUUCAGCGGCAGUUCGUGCAUUUCAGGAAGCAUUUCCUCCUAACAAGUUGUUGGAAGUUAUUGCAUUCUGUCAAGAGGAAAUUUUGAAGUACAUUUCUGACAAUCUAUUAGACCAGACAGAUGUUAAACAAGAUAAUUCUGGAAGAACAGAAAAGCAAGAACGUGUAAUAAUAACAAGUUUACAAGGUUUUUGCCACUACCUUAUGACUGUUCAAGAUGAUUUAUUGACCAAUCCAACUUUUGUCCAAAUCAGUGACAAUUUAUUACAGUCACAACAAUUUUGGAAAUUUGGAAUUGACAAAGUUCCAUUGGUUCGCAGUUCAUGGUUAUCUGUUAUAACUGCUAUUUUAGAAAAAGUUCCUCAUUUGCUAAAAGAUCAUCAUCAACUGCUGGUGAAACGAAUUUUAGGAAGAUUGGAUGAAACUGAUGCUGUAGUUAUCCCAUAUGUUUGGCAGUCAGCACUAAGCAUUCUUGUUAAGCUUGAAGAUUGGUCUUCAUAUUGUGAUGUUAAUAAGCAAGUUUUCCCUCGCCUGUGGAAUAUUUUACGAGAAGGAGGAUAUGGCUGUGCUGCUACAAUAUUUCCCAAUAUGCUUCCUCUACUUAAUGCUCUAUUGGAAACAAAAGAACUUAAAGCCGACAAGGAAGUUAUCGUAGACACAUUUUUCAAGUCAAUGCGUGAAGGUUUUGAGAAAAAAUCUAUCCAAAACAGUAAAUCUGAAAGUGAUGCUGCAGCCCAGUGUUAUAUGGAGUGCAUCCGCUUCGUGGUAAAAUGUGGCAUUGAAGACUCAAAACUUGUGUUGGAACAUUUGAUGCCAGUUAUGGAAAUGACUUUGACUGAAAGCAGUUUGAGAGUACUUUCUAAGGGAAUAUAUGAACAUGUUUCCCGUCUUCUUCAUUACUGGUGUAGUGAAAAAUGUAUGUCUCAGUACGAAACUGUGUGUAAAUGCUUUUGGGAUUCUUCCUUACAAAUAUUCCAGAAAGUUUUACUACAAGCUGAAAAUGAUUCUGCAAAGGUUUAUAUUUUAAAUCAAGAGGUGCAAUUUUGUUCAAAUUUGAAGAAUCCAAAUAAAUUUAGGAACAAAAAUGUUCAUAAAGUGCGAUUUAGUACAGAAGAAGAUACUUGUGUGACCAGUGUAUCUGAAAAGAAAUUUGAUGGUGAAGAACUACUUGAAAGUGAAUCAUUCAGUAAACAUCUAAAUAAAUUUAUUAUGUCUCUGAGUUUGAUGUACCUAAAAAGAAUUAAUGAACAGAAUGAUCUUUGUUGCGUAAUUCCACUUGCUAAGUUAUUGUCUGAGCAUAACAGUCAUGAGCUAAUCGAACAUUUAGUAUUGAAUUGCAAUGUUUCUGAUCUCUUUAAAACAUUGUCAAAGAAAUGUUUUGUAACUUCUGGCCAAAAUAAUGAAAUUGUAGUAGAAUUGGCAUGCUCCAUGAUACAACAUUUGGAACCUGCAGAACGAGAAGAAAUACUGAAUACUAUGUGUCAGGAACCAGAUGUCCUUGUGUGUAUAUUCCGUGUUGCACAAAAGGAAAAAGUAAAACCGUAUAUUUUGCAGUGGUUAAGAGCUUCGUUUGUUAAUGAUCAACUUAUAAAGUUAUCUCAAGAAUUAUGCUCUGCAAAUUAUUCAUCUAAUAUAAAAGAAGUGUUGAUGGAAUGUACAGUAAGUGCAUCGAAUGGAGAUUUUCUUGUGGAUAUGGGCACGAUUUCAUCAGUUAUGUAUGAACUUUGUAAUGCAUCCUGCAAUUCAGAGAUGGCAAUAUUUGCAGCACAAUUUUUAAAAAGUUUCCAAGUUUCUUUGUCAAAAAUAGAAGAUUUACAAUCUCUCAUUCAAGUAGAAGAUUUGGCAAAAAGUAUUUAUAAACUAGUUGUUGUCCUGUUUCGUUUGUGUUGUGAUAAAGAAAAUACAAGUGGCAGUAUUAAAGACCUUUUAUGCAAUGGGUGGCAAAGUGGAGUAAAUAUUUUAUCAAGAAUAAAAGCAACAGAUGUUGCUUUGUUAGUUACAGAACUCUCUGGUAUUGUUAGGAAGAAUCUAUUGUGCAGUGACAUCUUGAUGAUUGAGGAUAUAGACCACAUAGUGGAAAUAUCUUUGAAGUUACUCAAUGCUGCCGAGUUAGAUGAUGUUGAAGUGUUUUCCUUAUUUACAAAUGGUGUUCUUUCUACUUUCGAACUUAUGGAACAUAGUUUGACAGUACAUUGUGAAAACAUUCUCAUGGUUCUUGGUGGACCUGUUUGCAAUUUGAAAGUUGAACAUUUGCUAACUUCUGAAACAAUAUUUCAGUAUGUGUUAUUGUCUCUUUUCACAUCAAAGAUUAUAACAAAAAUUGUAGCAUCUGAACGUACUCUCAUUGAAGAAAAAGAAAAUUCUUCAGUUGACCCUCAUUUUGAUGUUGAAAGCAAUAUAAUGUCUUUAAACAAUCUGGCAGAGUCACAGAACGAAGUGAAAGAAAUGUUACCUUUUGUAAAUGAUUGCAAAUCAAUUGUUCAUAAACCAAUAUUUGACAAGAUCGAACUAUUUGACUUUGUUUCACAAAGAAUAUUACAGCUAGCACUUGCAGUAUCUUUAUGUGAAAUGUACAGUAUCUUCUUCAAAAACAUGUCGUUUUACAAUAAAACAAAAAUGUUCAUUAAUGAUUUGCAAAAUACAUUUGUUAACAUAAAGUCUAAAUUAAGUAAAAGUGGAAAAAUUAGUAGCAUCAAAGAAUCAGCUUUAGAAAAAGCCAGUCAUCUUGGGGGUCUUUGGGUGCAAACGGCAUACCUUCUUAGUGAAAAAGAUGAAUGGCUGACAAUUCAUAAGACUCUCUCAUGUGGCAAUUAUUCAGGAUAUUCUGCUAAGGUUCUGUUCAAGAAGGCCCUUGAAGUUUCAAUGGAAAUCCCAGUUGAAAAUCUUGGGUGUUCUCCUGGUAUUGUUGAAAUAACAUACUGGCUUAAAUAUAUGAAGGGUGUCCCUGACAAAACAAUCUUGCCAUUGAUUUUAAGCUUCAUAACCAAAUGGCGUGACACUGAUCGCAAGGAACUUCUUUAUGACUGUGAUAUUUCAACACAACCUUUUACUAAUAAAUACCCACAUAUAAUGGAGCAACAUAUUUGGGAUUUUAUCAUCGUUUCUGCAGCAUAUUAUGCACAAAAUUUGAAACAUAUUCAGAAGUUUUAUUUUUCAGAAGAAAUGGAUAAUCUUUUAAAUGUUCAAAGUUUAGAAUGUGAAAAAUUGCGUAAUGUGUUUGUAUUCAGUUUUGCUACAUUUGACCUACUAAAUGCCAUAACACAAUUUUGCCAGAAUGUCAAGAAAAAAGAAGACAGUGAAGUGGCUAAUUUUGAAGAUUAUGUAAAUGAGUGGAAAAAUGUUUUUGGAGAAGAAGUUCAUAUUAUACUCACCAAUAUUUUUGUUUCUGCAUCUGGAUACCCAGAUAAAACAAAGCCUUCUUUCCUUGGGCACCUCUUCUUACAAAAAUAUUGCUCUCUAAUGAUCAACGUAAAUGAAGAAAGUGUUGCUGUUGAGGAUACUUCCAAGAAAGUGGAAAGAACUAUUUUGAUGGCUUGUUGCAAGUUAUUACAUUCUCCAGUGUCAUCACUUCAGCUGACAGCAUAUCACAUCUUCAAAAAAAAUCUGAUUUAUCUUAUUAAUAAUGAUGCCAAUGGUCUGAGUAAUAAUCAGGGCAUGGAAGAAAGUACACCAGAACAGUUCGAAAUUUAUCCUCUUCUUAAUGCCCUGCAAGACACACAGACUGUGGUGGACACCAUGCUUACCGAGUUCUCAAUUGGAGAUAGUUGUAUCAUACAGCCACAUACUGACUCAUAUUAUUAUACAGCUGCAUAUUUAUUGCUGUGGAAUCUUGUAUUACAUGCAUGUGACCUGGCAAAUUCAGAGUUGCGGUAUCAGUAUGCAACAUUAUUGAGAAAUGAAGGAUUCUUACCAAGUCUUCUAAACAACUUAUUCAUUUUAAUGCCGUCUGAAGUUCUGGAAACACAGCCUAAAGCAAAAACAACAGCUUUAGGAAAUAUGUUUGGAGAAGCUCCUCAAUUAAGUUUGGGCACUGAAUGCACGAGCCAACAGCUUCAACACAUGGCGUGUUGGAUAUAUUGUUGGGCAGUAAGCAGAUUACCUGCUCUUGUCCGCCAGUGGUGGAGUGAUACAAGGGCUAAAGCAAGUGCAAUUGUCUUAAAAACUACAGUGCAAUAUGUAACCCCAUUACUUUGUACAAGAGAUUUACAAGCUAUUCAAAAUCAGAAUACAAAAUGGAAAAAUAUGGAGGUCAAAGUUCACAGUAAAGCUCGUCAAGUUGUAGCAGUUUAUUCUGUGGAUGAAUCACAAAUGGAGCUCAUUAUAACUCUUCCGGAAGAAUACCCUUUAGCCACUAUUCAAGUUGACACUCACACUUCUUCCUUGGUUGGAACAAGUCAUUGGCGUUAUUGGGUGAAACAAUUGAGUAUAUUUUUAACUCAUCAGAAUGGUUCUCUUUGGGAUGGAUUAGUUUUAUGGAAAAGCAACUUGGAUAAACGUUUUGAGGGUGUAGAAGAAUGCUAUAUUUGCUUUUCUGUCCUUCAUGGUACAAAUUUCCAGAUACCAAAGCUUUGUUGUAAAACCUGCAAGAAGAAAUUCCAUUCUCCAUGUUUGUACAAAUGGUUCAGCACUAGCAAUAAAUCAACUUGCCCCAUUUGUAGAAAUAUGUUCUAAAACUUGUAAUAAUUUUUAAACAUCAAGAUAUAAUUUCAUUGUUAAUACUGUCAUAAAUAUUUUGUUAAUAAACCUAUUUGAUUUUAAGAAUUUUCUGUAAAUUUGCACAUUAAUUUAUUAUCAGUUUCACCAGAGUAGUGAGAAUUUUGGGUUUAGAGGUAAAAUCAGAGGAACAAUUGUCCCCUGAAAAUUUUUGAUCCUAAAUAUGAUGUAUUUAUAAAUAUGAUCAUUCAUCUAGAAACUAAGAAAACUAUAUUUUAAUAUGUAAUUUGGGUAUGUUAAUAAAACUUACUAUUCCAUUGGA